CGGCCGCGGCCCUGAGUGGCCUGAGAGUGGCCAUGGCGCAAGGCCGAGAGCGCGAAGAUGUUUCCACGCACUUCAUCGGCGCCUCCCUGUCCGUGAGAUGGGUGCAAGGAUUCCCCAGUCAGAAUGUUCAUUUCGUCAACGACUGCACCAUCUGCUACCCUUCUGGGAACUACGUAAUAUUCAUUAACCUUGAGACCAAGAAGAAGACUGUGCUCCAGUGUAUUAAUGGAAUUGUGGGCGUUGUCACAACUAACGUUCCUGGUGAAGUUGUGGCUUUCUCUGACCGAAGACUAAAACCCAUCAUCCACAUAUACAGCUUUCCUGCACUGACUAGAAAAAACAAAUUAAAAGGCAAUGUCCUCCUGGACUACACCUUACUUAGCUUCAGCUACUGUGGUACCUAUCUAGCCAGUUACUCGUCUCUCCCGGAGUUUGAGCUGGCCCUCUGGAACUGGGAAUCCAAUGUCAUCUUGUGCAAGAAAUCUCAACCAGGAAUGGACGUGAGCCAGAUGUCCUUCAACCCCAUGAACUGGCACCAAAUGUGUCUGUCAAGUUCAAGUGCAGUGAGCGUGUGGACCAUUGAGCGAAGUAACCAGGACCAUCAUUUCAGGACGAGGUUGGUCAAGCUCCCUCUAGAGGACGGGUCACUGGUCAAUGAAACAGAUAUGCUCUUCCCCACCUCCCUGCGCAAGGACCUCAUUUAUGGGCCCGUGCUGCCCCUGUCCGCCAUUGCUGGCCUGGUGGGCGAAGAGGCUGAGACGUUCAGGCCGAAAGACGACAUAUAUCCUUUGCUUCACCCAACUAUGCAUUGCUGGACCCCAUCGAGCGAGCUGUGCGUUGGGUGUGAAGAGGGCCAUAUUCUGAUGAUUAACUCAGACACCCUGAAGGUGACAGUGCUUCAGAAGCAGGAGGAGAUGCCACUGAUGGACGGAGGCCAGCUUAUCAGUCCGCUCACACUGGUGUACCAGAAGGAUGGCCUGCUCACCUCUGGAAUUGAUGGUAUGAUAUACUCAUUCCUCAUCAAAGACUCAAAGUACCAUGUGAAGAACUUUAUUGAGGUUGAUGGGCCAGUGGCACAUUUGGUGUUUUCCCCUAGUUACAAAAUGUUGCUGGUUCAAACAGACAAGGGCACUGUUUAUGUCUACACUUUCGGCACAGAGCCAACGCUAGAUAAAGUCCUCGAAGCCUGUGAUGGAAAAGUCCAGGCAAUGGACUUCAUCACACCUGGAACCAAACACUUCCUGACGCUCACUAAUACAGGGGAAAUCUCUAUUUUGUGGAUAGAGGAUUGCACGUGUGUCGGCAGGGUUUUGCUGGGAACUCAAGCAACCACUCUAGCAUGCUGCCCUUCCUCCUCAUCAGCCGUCGUGGGGACAGCCGAAGGCUACCUGUACUUCCUGGACAUCCAUAAUGUGGAGUCCCCUCAGGUGAUUAACAGGGUCUUCCUCUCCGAGUCACCGGUGAAGAUCUUGAUUUACGACCAGCGGGGAAUUUUUCUGUUAGUCGGUACAGAAGAGGGAAACAUCUUUGUUAUCGAUGCCAGACCCUCAAGAUCAUUUCAUAUUUUUGGAUACACUGAGACCAGCAAAGACAUUCUGCAGAUAUCCACAGUGUCCCUCCCAGUGUCGGACAUGGUGGAAGUGCUGGUACUGUCCCCGCUCCCUGAGACGGGAAGAAGCAGGCUGGAAUACUUCACCCUGCCCGCCAUGUUAUCAGAAGUUUCUGAAAACUUUUCUGAUGAACGAGGAAUACUGAAGAAUGCCUUCAUCCACAAAUUCCUGUAUGAGGUGGAGCACGCUCUGUCCUCCGCUGUGCUGGCCUUUGAAAGCAACAAGAUCUACGGUUUCUGCAGCCAGGUGCCAUACAUCUGUAGCUAUCUGCUUCCGGAAAAGAAUCACGAUGGUGUCUACAUCCUUAAGCCACACCAAAAAGUCCUAAGCAAACAGUAUGGAUCUGGGAUGAUCUAUUUGUCUUCGCAUGGACUAUGGCUCCUGACAAUAGCCAAGUGUGGAUUCCUCUGUGUCCGAGACAGUUUCAGUCUGGAAACAUUUGCUCGAUGCCGCAGUCAUUCUCAUCAGGGACAUGGGAUUCAGUACAUGAAGAUGUCAAUGGAUGGACAACACAUCCUGGUAAAUGGGAAAGACGACGGCACCCUUGUCUACCUCAAAUGGAAGCGGCUUGGAACAAACUUAGCAAAUGAGAUCUUUGAACACUGCCAGCAACUAAUAGCCGCUCUGAACAACACAAUGGAAAAAGAAAAUGAAUAUUUAGCUACAUCAGGAGUUUCCCAAGAUGCAGAGCAAGAAGAUGAACAGUCAACGGAAUCCUCCAAUAAGAAGCUGAGCUUGGACUCAUCACAAGAGGAAUUAGCCCUUGGUCCUGAAAAGGAAAUUUCCUGGAUCCAACAAAGACGGGAAGAGGCCAUCAAAAACGAGGUCAAGCUGUUUUCACAAAAAAGGAGAGAGAUCAAAAAAGGAAUCAAGGAGCUUUCUAGAAUUAUUACCAGUAUGAUGGAAGAAAAUGAAAAGGUGGACUCAGUUGCAAAAUUAGAGGGGCAGGAAUUCUGCCUGGACCUUGAGGAGCUGGAAAGACUUCAGGAUGAAAGUGAGGAGGAGGUAGCAAAGAUAAGGAAAGACGUGGAGAUGCAUAACUUAGCCAAGAGCUACUUAACUGAGCUCAUCAGGGAAGAGUGCUGGAAUUCCAUGGCUGUGAAGGGCCGAGCCCUGAAGUGCUUUCACAUACCUUAUGUGGUUGAGAACUUCCCCAUGAAAGCGCGCACCGAGGAAGAGCUGCAGGAGUUGAAGAGAGUUAUACAGCAAAAGAAGACCGAGGCAGAGUGUCUUAAGCUACGGAAGGAAAUCAUAGAGGUCCAGUCUUCAGGCACUUUGCUUAAAAAACAUCAUGAAGAGGAGGAGGAGGAAGAGGAUGAAGAAAAGACAAUAAAAGACACCAGUCUGCCCAAUUACCUACUCGGCAGUUUGAGUACUGAUUUUGGGGCAGAUACCUCUUUGUUGACAAGUCAAUUGGAACUUCAUUCCAGAGAGGAGAAAAUCAAUCAAAUUAUAUUACUAAAAGAUAUCAUCUACAAGGUAAAAAAGUCUUUCAAUAGUGAGUUUGAUGCUGCCUAUAAGCAAAAAGAGAUAGAAAUUGCUCGCGUAAGGGAAAGGAAUGUUCGAAUUGAAGAAAUUAUUUCAGACCUGGACCUGGAAGACAAUGUCUGGCGACCAGUGUUUGAAGAUUGUGAGCAGCCAGAAAGGGCCCUCGUGGUGGAAGACGAUGAGAUUUCAUUCCAAAAACAUCUUCCUCCAUGGCAAAAGUCCAAAGCAGAAAUUACCAUGCCCUUUGAAACGGGACAAUUGCAACAAGCACGGGUAUCCAAUGCAAGACAAAGAGCCCUGAUGGACAUGAUGGGAGGUGUUCUGGAAGUCAAGAAGGAAGACAUCUUGAGAAUGGUGAUCCCUCAACCUGCUUUCAUGGCGAAGGCUGACGCUCUGUGGACUGAAGAAGAAAGAAAGCAGUUCAAAGAUUAUGAGAAAAAAGUCAAGGAGCUAAAUGAAGAGAGAGAUAAGUACAGAAAGUCUCUAGAAACAGAACUGAAGAAACUUCAAAACUCUAUCCAGGAGAGCACCCAGAACUUCGAUGAGCAUUUGAAGAGGCUUUUUGAAAGAAGGGUGAAGGCGGAGAUGGUUGUCAACCAGGAGGAACUGAAAAUAAACAACCUUGUGUUUUCUUUGCUGCUGGAUGAAGAGCUGAGCUCCAGGGAGCAGUUCCUCAACAACUACCUCCUGAAGAAGCAGGAAGAGAAAAGCGGUACUUCAAUAGCCAUCCAGAAAGCACGGGAAGACCUGGAUGUAUUCAAGGAGCACCACGACAACCUGGUGGCAGAGGACAAAAUUCUGGAACGCAGCUUCAAAAAGGAAUUUUCUGAAAUGUCUGGUCACCAGGUGGAUAUACUCUACAAACUUUUUAAACGACGGCCAAGGGUCCACAAACAGAAAACACAGGCAGAUGUGAACAGUCUUGUUCCAUAUGGAGAUCGGCCAGGAUCUGGCAAGUUAAGUAAGGACAACUUUGCCCAGCUAAUGAAAUCCAUGGAUGAGUUGGACAAUAUCAACAACAUGCCAGAAGGCUUGGACCCCUCAGUCUGGGAACAUUUCUGCAUAAGCAGGCGAGCAAAAGUGGAAAAUGAAUACAAAGUGAAACAAAAGGCUGCCGGCCUCCAGGAAAUGAUGACUUUUCUCCGGAAGAGACUGGAGGAUGAUGAGGCUGUACAGCAUGAGAUUGAGAGAGUGUUCCAUGAGCUCAUCCGAUUACAGGAAGAGAAAGUGAAAUUCCAGGUGAAUUUGACAAUACAAAUUCUUCUUAAACAAGGACAAGUAGAACUGGAGAAUUUCCAGUUGAUUCUGGAAUAUUCUGAUGCAAUUCUCAUCAACAAGAACAUAAUUGAAGACUUAAAUUCUGUGAUUCGGACUCAAGGACAAAAGAAAGUUGCCAGCAUGAUGGAAAGUAAAGAAGUGCACAAAGGGAUCUAUCAGAUUGAGUGGGAGCACAAGAAAAUGGAGAUGGAAAUGGAAGAUCUGAACCAGAAGGCCUGGGAUAUCCAGAUGCUCUUCUUCUCCAGAGACCGUCAAAAGUACCUAAAUGAACCAAACUACGAGAAUGUGAUUGCUAUUGAGAUUGGAAUAAUGGAGCAAACCAUUAAUGUUAUAGACAAGACUCACAAGAAGAAUGUAGAACACUGCAAAAAAUUACUCAGAAAGUUGGGAAGAUACAGUAAUCAGAAAGAUAUAGCAAAUUAUAUGCUGAGCUGCAAUCUACGGGAAGAACUAGUGGCUAUCUCAGAGAGACAAGACAUUUGCAAUGAAAUGGGAUCUAAGUUGACUUGUGAAAAGAUUGCCAAAGAACGGUACGAUAACCUGCUGAAGAAACAGAAGCUAACAAACAUUUCCAAACAGCAGGCUGAGCAGAUCUCCAUCCUGCAGGCUGAAGUUGAAAGACUAAGGAUGAAAACAUUCCCCGCCCUCAUUCCCAUGUAGAAUGCCAGUAAGAGCAGAAAGCAAACUAACUACUCCAAAAUAACGUAACUUGGAGAAAAAUGACUUCUCUUUCUCUCUUAUCAGGGAACUUAAGUAUGUUACCUCUUAGCUGCACAUUUUUUUAGUAAUAAAUUAAGUUUAGGUUAGUCAGUAUGCAACUAUUUGUCCUACAUAAAUAAAUGAGUAAAAUACCAUAAAGUGUCAUUUGUAUUCAUUAAUGAACAGUGGUUUUCUGCCAGGAAACACUCAAGAUUUAUUUUGUUCAAUUAAAAUUACCAGAAUCUUGGGAGGCUUUACCAGUGAAACCAAAAUCAUGACUAAUUUCUUAAGUCAUUUGUAAAUUCCAUUUGGAAACACAGUCUUCCUUACCUAUGUAACAGAAUAAUUUUUCACCCUAACAAG